UUUUCAGACAAAUGAUCACCCCAUUCUCUUCUUCUCCAUCUUCAUCCACUUCUGACUCCCAGACACCUGAAAUUACGGCAAUCGGCUUUAAAAAAUGUGCAGUUUGUGGUUUAGAUGCCAAGGGAAAGCAUUUUGGAGCAUUUAGUUGCAGAGCUUGUGCCGCUUUUUUUCGCCGAGCCUCCACCCAGUCUGCCUCCAUCGGGCCGUGCAAAAAAUCCCGGACCUGUAACUUAUUCAACGGAAAUGGAUGGUUUCAGUGCAAGAAAUGCCGUCUGGAACGGUGCUAUAAAGUCGGAAUGACCAUGAAAAAUUUCCAAUUCCAACGGGACCAUAUUCGAUCUAAAAUUGAAAUUAUAAAUAAUAAAUUGCCUGAGAGCAUCGAAAAACUAGUGGGCCGCCCGUUUUUUGUGGUUCACUGUAAGCCGACACUAAUUGAAAUUCACACUCAGCAAAAUUUAAUCGAUUGCCAUGAUUUUGUGGAAAAGGGCCGAAGGAUACUGUUUGAGGGCUCUCCAACCCCGUGGGGUUCUGAUUCCUUGCAAAAGCUGGCUCGCGGAGUUCGGAAGUUGGCUGGAAACUACAGUAAUCCCAAAGUUAAGGUGAUCGAGAGCUACGGGAUGGCCGAGACGUUUGCAUUCUGGGAAAAUGAUUUUCUGCGGGCCGCCACGUGGUUUUCGUAUUUCGACGAUUUCCAGCGAAUGUCUAAUGAUGUUCAGCUAAAAAUCCUUGCCGCCACGUGGCAUGUAUGGUCUCGUCUGGAUAAGUUGGCAAUUACAGCGAUGGGGCGACGGAUGAAGAUGUGCUGCGGUGAUUGUGUAAUGUUUUCGCAUAAAAAUGAGUAUUCAAUGAUGGAUAUGAAGAAUAUGGAGUUGGAUUUGACGUGGUGCUCACGAUUAACCAAUCAGCAAAUGCAAUUCUUCUACGACACGUCAGAAAACCACAUAACCUACAAAUUUGCCCAAGAAAUGAUGAAUUUGAACCCAGAUGACGUGGAGCUGUCCUAUAUGCUGGCUCAUUUGGUGCUCGGACACGCGGGACGCCGAUUUCGAGGCGAAAUUCAAGAAAAUUGCGAGAAAAUUAUGGAAAAAUUGGCGAAUAAUCUGCAUGAUUACUAUGUUAAUGUGAAGGAAACGCCGAGAUAUUCAGUUCGCCUGGCGCAGAUUUUGAGAAUUAUCCGGAAAAUUAAGGAAGAAGUGCUCCAAAUCCGCUCAAAACUCCAAUUGGCCAAGGUUUUCGACGUUCACACGAUGCGAUUUUCUCAUUAUGAGUAUUUUGAGGAUUUAUAAUUGAUUUUUAUUGAAUAAAUUAACUUUAAAUCGUGA